UGCGAUUUGCGAAGAAAGGAAAGCUGAUACCAAAAUCAGAUAGAGAAAAAAGCUCAAGAGGAGAUUCGACAGAGUAGAAGAGGAAAACAAUGGCGAGAUACGAUAGAGCAAUCACUGUUUUCUCGCCGGACGGCCACUUGUUCCAAGUCGAAUACGCUCUGGAAGCCGUCCGCAAAGGAAACGCCGCCGUUGGAGUCCGUGGCACCGACAUCGUUGUCCUUGGCGUCGAGAAGAAAUCCACUCCCAAACUUCAAGACUCAAGAUCAGUUAGGAAGAUUGUGAAUUUGGAUGAUCACAUUGCAUUGGCCUGUGCUGGACUGAAAGCAGAUGCUCGGGUCCUCAUAAAUAGGGCGAGAAUUGAAUGUCAAAGUCACAGGCUGACUGUGGAGGAUCCAGUAACUGUUGAGUAUAUUACCCGUUACAUUGCUGGCCUUCAGCAGAAGUACACUCAAAGUGGGGGUGUGAGACCAUUUGGUCUUUCAACUCUUAUUGUGGGCUUUGACCCUCACACAGGUGCACCAGCCCUCUAUCAAACAGAUCCGUCGGGGACAUUUUCUGCGUGGAAAGCUAACGCAACUGGAAGAAACUCAAAUUCAAUACGUGAGUUUUUGGAGAAAAACUAUAAGGAAACCUCUGGACAAGAUACUAUUAAGCUUGCCAUUCGUGCAUUGCUUGAGGUUGUUGAGAGUGGAGGAAAGAACAUAGAAGUUGCUGUCAUGACUAGGGAACAUGGUCUGCGGCAGCUUGAAGAAGCUGAAAUUGAUGCUAUUGCAGCUGAGAUUGAAGCAGAGAAAGCAGCUACCGAGGCUGCAAAGAAGGCUCCUCCAAGGGAAGCCUGAUACACAUAAUGUUAACCAACCUUUUCUAUUUUGAACUAGUCCUUUGGAGAACAAUAUUGACAUUCCCAGCAGUUGGUUUUAAGAUAUUUUUCUUUUAUGAAGAUCAACGGUAGCAUGGUUUUUUAAUACCAGUGUUCUGAAAUUGCAUGCAGAUGAAGAUUGAAACUUGAAAUUGCUUAAAUUGCAUGCAAUCGAGGGUGUUUUCAAAUUCCUCUUUUGAGAUCCCAAAUGGUAGUAAUUGAUAAGUUAACUGAGGAGGGUGUUUGAGCGUGACAAAUCGUUGGCCCGAUAUCAGAUUAGAAAUAAACUUUAGAGUUUGAU